UUCCUGGUUAAGACACAGAUAAAGACACAGACCACAUUUACAGAGCAGGACAGAGACAGUAACAGUGUGUAACAGAACAGGAGCUUUAGUUUCUUUCUGAAGUGGAGUUGGUGUGGUGAUCUGCGAGGGUGAACUCAGGAUGAAGAGCCUCCUCAUCUUCACCCUCUGCCUGAUCUCAGAUGGAGGAGCCUCUAAGGAAGUAACAGGAUAUUCAGGAGGAGGAGUCCUUAUCAAGUGCAAGUAUGAUACAGAAUACACAGAAAAAUUAAAAUAUUUCUGUAAGGAUUCAGGGUCAGGUUGUUCUAAUCAAAUAAAGACAAAAGAUAAAAACAGCUGGAACACUGCAGGAAGAUUCUCACUGUUUGAUGACACCAAAUCAGCAGAGUUCAGGGUGGUGAUCAGAGAGCUCACUGUACAGGACACUGGGACGUACCAGUGUGGAGUUUAUAUUCCUGCAGAAUUAGACAUUAAUACACCGGUGGAACUGAAGGUAAAGGAAGGGGACUUGGUCUCUAGAGAAGUGAGAGCAUAUGCAGGGGGAGGAAUCAACAUCAAGUGCAGAUAUGAGGAUGAAUAUAAAGACAAACCAAAAUCUUUCUGUAAGAACGGAGCUGAUCAGUGGUGUUUUAAUCAAAUAACAACAAAACUAAACAGUGAAUGGUCACAUGAUGGCAGAUUCUCAAUUCAUGACAACACAAGUGCAGGAUUCUUCAGUGUGUUUAUCAAAGAGCUGAUUACGGAGGACACUGGAACAUAUUCGUGUGCUGUUGUUGUGUCUGAUGAAAUAGAGACCUACACUGUAGUGAAGCUGAAUGUAACCGAAGGUCUGUCCUAUGAGAAGUCCAUCAAUAAGACUGUUCAUGUAGGAGGAGAUUUGAAUGUCAGCUGUAAAUACCCAGAAUUCCUCUGGAGGAACCCCAAGUUUCUCUGCAAGAAGAGGCUGCAACAAGCUGCUUGUUUUUAUAAAGAAUCUGUUAAAGAAAGUAAGAAGAAUGUGGGGAAAUUCUGCUUGUAUGAUGACAGAGCAAAGCAAAUCUUCACUGUGAGUAUUAGAAAUGUGGCUGAGCAGGACUCUGGUGAAUACUGGUGUGGAGCUGAAACAGCCUGGACAUCUGAUUAUGGAUACAAGGUUUAUUUCACACAGAUCAACCUGAGAACUAUUGCUACAUCCUCAAAACCAACACAACAUUCAGUGGUACUAGUAUCAUCAUCGUCAUUUGCAUCAUCAACACCAGCAUCAUCAACACCAACUUUUUUUCAAACAGGACUUUCCCCAGUUUCCAUUGUGAUCACUGUGCUCGUAAAUAUUCUGAUGGGGCUUAUGAUUGGAAGCAUGUGCCUUUUUUUGAUUCUCUUUAUUAGACACAAGAAACAAGGAAGAACAGCAUCUCCUGACAGGCAUUCAGGUCCAGGCUUGGGAAACUAACAUGAAGAGGAUAAAGACAAAAGAGGACUUUUUGCAUCAGAAGCUGGAACAUCUGCAAUUUCCUCUCCAAGCCCCUCUGAUCCUCCUCAAACUGUUUACGGUAACACAAUGUUCCCAACAAGCCCCCGUGAUUCUUCAAGCACUGCUUCAAUGGCUCAAUUACUCACAAGUCUCUCUGAUUCCUCAACCUCCUCUGUUAAGAAAUCUGGUGAAGGACUGAUUUACACAACAGUGCAUUUUCAUACCAGUGCCACCAGCUCUGAUGAUGCAGCUCCUAAGAUUAGGCUUAAAAAAGAGGAAGAAUCAUGUGAAUCCCUUACAGUGAAUCAUGGUAAUUCAUAUGGCUAGUUUUACAUACUGUACAUAAUUUGAUCCCCACACUCAGUGGCCACUUUAUUAGGAACACAUGUAUACCUGAUCUGAAACACUUGACCUGUAUCUGCAUUAAACUGCUGCCACAUGGAUCGGAUGAUUGGAUAAUUACUGAUUGGAUAACAGCGUGAGCAUGCAGGUAUACAGUUAUUCCUAAUAAACAUGUAUUUUGAGCAUAUUUACUGAAGAUACUGAAUCUGUCAAGUAUACUUAAUUACUUAAUUAUUGAAGAAGCACUUGUAUUUAUUGCUUGUCAUUUUGUUUGCUUUACAUUUUUGCCUUGAGAUACUGUGUAAUACCACAGCACUGUUGCAUUGUUGAUUCCGAUUGGUCAAGAGGUGUUCAUUCAUUUUCUGUAAUGGCUCUGACAGUAUUGUCAGAAUCACAGUUCAAAUCACAAUUUUAUAUUAAUACUCUCCUUCUAAUAUGGUUUAAAAAAUAGCAACUUACACCAGGACUUGUAUGGCAGACCCUGGGGGGGGAGUGUAAUUAUUGAUCUGGUAAAGUUGUGAACAUUUAAAUGUACAGUACAUGUGGAUUUCUGUAAAGCUGCUUUGUGACACUGUCUAUUGUUAAAUGCAUUAUAUAUUCACUAUAUAUUGAAUUAUUUAAUAUUUCAGGACGGACUCUUCAGUGUCAGUGCGCCACGACAUUAAAUGUAACAAUAAACAGAUAAAAUUUGUUAA